GAUUCGUUGGAGAGUCGGGGGUAUUAGGGAAUAAUUUGUUUUUGGGUGGGGGAAAGUUAUGUGGAGAAGUAGUUGCCGCCGUUGCCGCGGCGUUGUUGGAAGAUGUUUUUAGAGCGACGCCACCCCCUUCCCCCACCUCCACCUGCUCUCUCUCCCUCCACUCCUGAAUCCGCCUUCGCCAUCGGCGCUGCCCUCCCUUCUCUAGCUAUGCUUCCCAUUCUAUCUCUCUCUCCGAUUAAGCGGAAGAGGAGGGAGAACGGCGUCCCUGGAGUUCACUUUCUCCUCCGCCGCCGCCGCGACCAGAGCCACCUCCUUCCGGCCCUCGCGGCCGUUUCCGGCGUCACUCUCUUCGUCUUCGUGUUCAUCUUUUUCCUCGCUCCUCCUCCCUCCGCCGACGUCCGCCUCCGUCGCUCCCGCGGUUCGUUCAACGACGGAGUUGAGGUUCGGUUGAAUUCGGAUCCGAAUGCCGUGUUUCGCGUUCCUAUGAGCGGCGGACAUUUACUUCGUGAUCUCUGGAGUUCGAGGUUAUCGAAUUGCUACCAUGGAUGCAGUAGCUCUAGCGACGACUUUAUGCCUGCUAAUAUGAAGACACAUCCAAAUCGAUACUUGAUGAUUGCAACCAGCGGAGGCUUAAAUCAACAGAGGACGGGGAUAACAGACGCUGUUGUUGCAGCAUACAUUUUGAAUGCAACUCUCAUUGUUCCAAAGCUCGAUCAAAAAUCUUUUUGGAAUGAUGCAAGCAACUUUGCUGAAAUCUUUGAUGUUGACUGGUUUAUAAAGUUCCUCUCGAAAGAUGUUAAAAUCAUUAAGCAGCUUCCAGUGAAGGCAGGGAAGACCUUGACUCCUUACACCAUGCGUGUUUCAAGGAAGUGCACCCCAACAUGCUAUCUUAACCGUGUCUUACCUGUUCUUAAGAAAAAGCAUGUUGUUCAACUUACCAAGUUUGAUUAUAGGCUUUCAAAUAGGUUGGACCCAGAUCUACAAAAGCUGAGAUGCAGAGUUAACUACCAUGCUUUGAAGUUUACUGAUUCUCUUCUUGAAAUGGGUAAAAAGUUGGUUGAAAGGAUGAGGAUGAAAAGCAAGCAUUUCAUUGCCCUGCACUUGAGGUUUGAACCUGAUAUGCUUGCAUUCUCCGGGUGCUAUUAUGGUGGAGGAGAUAAGGAAAGGAUGGAACUGGGGGAAAUACGGAAGCGGUGGAAAACUUUACAUGCACCAAACCCUGACAAGGAACGGAGGCAUGGAAAAUGCCCACUCACUCCAGUGGAAGUUGGUCUUAUGCUAAGGGCACUGGGUUUUGGCAGUGAUGUUCACAUAUAUGUGGCAUCAGGUGAGGUGUAUGGAGGUGAAGAAACAUUGGCUUCUCUAAAAGCUCUCUUUCCAAAUAUUUAUUCAAAGGAUACUUUAGCGAGCAAGGAGGAACUGGAUCCAUUUUCAUCAUUUUCUUCUCGCAUGGCUGCACUUGACUUCAUUGUUUGUGAUGAGAGCGAUGCUUUUGUCACCAACAAUAAUGGUAAUAUGGCUCGAAUGUUAGCUGGACGAAGAAGAUACUUCGGGCACAAACCAACAAUCCGUCCAAAUGCUAAGAAACUGUAUAAGUUAUUCAUGGACCGAAGCAACUUGACAUGGGAAGUGUUUGCUUCCAGAGUGCGGAAUCAUCAAAUUGGCUUUAUGGGGGAGCCAAAUGAGGUAAAGCCAGGCAGGGGUGAGUUUCAUGAGAAUCCAUCAUCGUGUAUAUGCAAAGACUCCAAGGCUAAGGCUCUUGAAGAUUCCAGUCCUCAAAGUCAGGCAACUUUUGACCACAGAAAUUGGAAGGGAAAUCAUGCGAGAAAGGAUGCAGGUGAAGUGAAUGAUGAGCAGUUCGCUGAGGAUGAGCCAGAUUGGUCGGAUCAUGAGGAUUAUUUGGAGAAUGAGAGUGGGGUUCGAGGGAAAGGGUUGGCCAAUGGAACCGAUUUAGAGUUGAGCCUUUUUAAAGCCGAGCAACCAGAAUUGGAAGAGAUCUUCUCGGACUAAACUAAUGAUUCCUAAAUUUCCCUCGAGAUGCUGUACCUAAAACGUUUUUCACCAAAUUCUUUCGGUCUUCUGGCUAUCUCUCAAUGGUUUGGUUCUACGGAUGGCAUAUGCUUCAACCGAAGGUGCUGAAAUGACGGACCACUUUGUAUAUAAACACUUAGGUAGAGGCAGUUUUUGUAGGCGUACAGCUCAGAAUGAAAGACUCUGAAGAAAGGGUGCUCCAUUCUUGUUUUGAUGCUUCUUGUAGAUUACCAUGUGCUGUGAUAUGAGGCUGAAAACUGUAUGUUUUACAUUUUCCUUGGAGGAUUCUUGCUGGAAAUCAAAGGCAGUAACUUGUAUAUAACUUUGAGAGCAGGGGAGAAGGGUGUAUAGAGGUUGCUUUUGAACGUUACCUAAUAUACAACUGUGAAAACAUCUGUAAUAUUUGAAUAGGUGCAAUAUAAAGCAUUUCUUUUAUUUUU